UCUAGUAUCGACUUCCGGGUAGUGUAACAGGUACCAUCACACGUACUGAUUAUCGAGAGGUGAAUUAUCACAAUAUAUAGAGGACACACUGUAUUGACUGUCGGACAGGCCAGCUCCUCCUGUAAGAUAAGUUUUUUUCCGUAUAUAUAUUACUGACGGAGGUACAAUCGACGGCCGGGGCAGCAGUAGUUCGUCAAAGAACCAAUAUGGCGACUCCUAAAGACCACACCCUAAUUGACGACAAAGGUGCCCUCACUCCAGUGUUUUCAGAGAUAAAAAGUCAAAAACUGGUUGCCGUCGACUGUGAAGGAGUUAACCUGAGUAGGAAAGGUGAAUUGACCAUCCUAACAAUUGCCACUAAAACAAAGGUUUUUAUCUUCGACGUUUUCAAACUGGGACAAUCUGUAUUCGAUAGCGGCCUUCGUGAAAUUCUAGAGAACAAAUCUAUUGAGAAGUUGAUGUUUGACUGUAGACAAGACUCUGACAGCUUGUGGCACCAGUUCAAGGUUAAACUCACCGGUGUGUUGGACCUGCAGCUCCUCGAUAUCAUCUAUCGCAGAAAUCGCAGACCGAGACGAUCAUAUGUGUCCACCAAAAGAUGUGAAAAGGAUGGAGAGGUAGAAAAUAUAAACGGCUAUAAACGCUGUCUUGAGAAUUACGUGAACGACACAGAACUGCUGAAACAGAAGGAAAAGGGGAACCUAGAACUAAAGGACAACUAUAGAAUAUGGAAGGUUCGACCUCUCACGGAAACUCUCAUCGAUUACUGUGUGGUUGAUGUUGCCGCCAUGUUCCCCAUGUACAGGAAGCUAAAAGAGUCGGACGAUAUUCUUCCCCGACUUACGGUAGCUUCGGAGAAGUAUGCAGAUCUUUGGCGAUGUAUGGAAGAGCGGACAUUCGACAGAUUUGAAUUUAAUGCCUUUCUUCCGCUUGAUGUCAUCCCAGAAGAAGGCACGUUGAGUUUUCCUUUUGCGUCCACCAAAUGUUCCAAGUGUCAUCGGAAGUUUCCUCACGACGAAUUCCGUAACAUACAAUUGAGAAAUGGCACUCAGACGUGUCGCGUCUGUAGGAAGGUCCAACAGCAAAAAUCUCGUCGAUGAUUCACUAAACGAUGUAAACUAAGUCCAACUAAUACAAUCGUAUUAUAUAAGUUACCGAUGUUGACUUCAGUCCUCACACAUAUUGUCAUAUAUUUAAAUCAUACGUGUAGGUAUGAUUACCUCGUAAACAGGGGUUUAACCUAGAAAACCAUCAUUCCUUCAAUGUUUACUGUUUAGAAUAAACCAUUCAUAUAAGUUUAACCAUCCAUAUCUUAAUUUUUAAUGUAAAAUGAAAAAAUGCAAAAAUGAGAAGAUUACCCUGGCUCGACGAAACAUUUUUAGUCCUCUAAAUAUCACGUCGGAUAGAUCAGUUCCACACUCGAUGUUUAAGUUUACUUUCGUUCUCUGUAUCGUGUAUAGAUCAGUCCCACACUCGAUGUUUAAGUUUACUUUCGUUCUCUGUAUCGUGUAUAGAUCAGUCCCACCCUCGUUGUUUAAGUUUACUUUCACUUUCUGUAUCGUGUAUAGAUCAGUCCCACCCUCGUUGUUUAAGUUUACUUUCACUUUCUGUAUCGUGUACAGAUCAGUCCCAACCUCGUUGUUUAAGUUUACUUUCACUUUCUGUAUCGGGGAUAGAUCAGUUCCACCCUCGUUGUUUAAGUUUACUUUCGCUUUCUGUAUCGUGUAUAGAUCAGUCCCACACUCGAUGUUUAAGUUUACUUUCGUUCUCUGUAUCGUGUAUAGAUCAGUCCCACACUCGAUGUUUAAAUUUACUUUCGUUCUUUGUAUCGUUUAUAGUAUUGGACGCGUCUUGGCAAAGACUUUCAUGGGCUGCAUUAAAAUCCGCAGGUUCGCCAAGAUGUGCUUGUAUGGCGAAAUGAUUAAAUGAGCAGGCCCAAGGUCUGAUGUGAAGUUCAGUAAGUUUAGGACUAUUCCCAUUGAACGGCAAUUUGUGUAUUUUGCGCCAUUCCUUGGAGACGGAGACACUGCUAUUGGGUAUUCUAUCAAACUUUCAAAGAUAUAUCUGUACAGUGAUGAAUGUGUUUUCAAAAACAGAGAUUACCGACAUAAUAACGAAAUCAUAAUUCAAACUUGAAAUCUAUUAAACGAGGGAAAAAUAAAAACUAAAUAUCGAUUUGCAUGGACUUUAAUCGACAGACACGUUUUCUGAACCUAAGCUUAACUACCGAUCAACAUGCUCAUAUCUAGUUAUCAUUUUGUGAGUACAUUGUGUGAGAUAAAGAUACGUCCCGUUAUGUCCUGUUAUAUCACUAAUCAUUGACGUCUGUGUCACUGUUAUCAGCUUGUUAAACACUGGACUGAUAUUGUUUACAUUUCACUUUUCAUUUCCAUGAACUACUGUCAUACUCAAUAGAUUGCUGCAUGUAAUAAUUCACUAUAGCUGAUACGCGCUCUGAUAAGGACUGUUAUCGAUGUAAAUACUUUUGUAUUCUGAUAAGAUUUUGUUGUGUUUAUUGAACGGCAUUGAACUUUUUAUUCUCGUCUAGUAAUAGGUAGUAGUAUACGGGACGCUGUUUUACUGUUUAUUCCCGUCUAGUAACAGGUAGUAGUAUACGGGGCGCUGUUUUACUGUUUAUUCCCGUCUAGUAAUAGGUAGUAGUAUACGGGGCGCUGUUUUACAGUUUAUUCCCGUCUAGUAACAGGUAGUAGUAUACGAGGCGCUGUUUUACUGUUUAUUCCCGUCUAGUAACAGGUAGUAGUAUACGGGGCGCUGUUUUACUGUUUAUUCCCGUCUAGUAACAGGUAGUAGUAUACGGGGCGCUGUUUUACUGUUUAUUCCCGUCUAGUAAUAGGUAGUAGUAUACGGGGCGCUGUAUUACUGUUUAUUCCCGUCUAGUAACAGGUAGUAGUAUACGGGGCGCUGUUUUACUGUUUAUUCCCGUCUAGUAACAGGUAGUAGUAUAUAGUAAAGCAGCGCCCCAUAGCAGUAUCCCACUGUUAUCAUAUGUGUAAUUGUCAUAACUUUAUUACAUAUAUGCUAUAUCUACCGCUGUGUGUCGUGGGUACAUGUAGGCCUGGUAUAAAACCAUUUAGAUCGCUUAGUAGUAGAUACACCACAAAACAAAUAUUGAUCAAACAUAUCCAUGAUCAAGAAGUCAGUAAAGUCAGUUAUUUAUCUCUAGGUAAAUCUAUAACCGUUUUGCCAUCGAUCUAUCGAUAUUAAGGUAGAAUUACGGUUUGGUUACUAUGUCGGUAUUCUCUGUUUUUGCCCUUGUUCUAUCGAUAUUGAUGUAGAAUUACGGUUUGGUUACUAUGUCGGUAUUCUCUGUUUUUGCCCUUGUUAUAUCGAGUUUGAGGUAGAAUUACGGUUUGGUUACUAUGUCGGUAUUCUCUGUUUUUGCCUUUGUUCUAUCGAUAUUGAGGUAGAAUUACGGUUUGGUUACUAUGUCGGUAUUCUCUGUUUUUGCCCUUGUUCUAUCGAUAUUGAUGUAGAAUUACGGUUUGGUUACUAUGUCGGUAUUCUCUGUUUUUGCCCUUGUUCUAUCGAGUUUGAGGUAGAAUUACGGUUUGGUUACUAUGUCGGUAUUCUCUGUUUUUGCCUUUGUUCUAUCGAUAUUGAGGUAGAAUUACGGUUUGGUUACUAUGUCGGUAUUCUCUGUUUUUGCCCUUGUUCUAUCGAUAUUGAGGUAGAAUUACGGUUUGGUUACUAUGUCGAUAUUCUCUGUUUUUGCCCUUGUUCUAUCGAGUUUGAGGUAGAAUUACGGUUUGGUUACUAUGUCAGUAUUCCCUGUUUUUGCCCUAUUUAUAUCGAGUUUGAGGUAGAAUUACGGUUUGGUUACUAUGUCGGUAUUCUCUGUUUUUGCCCUGGUUCUAUCGAGUUUGAGGUAGAAUUACGAUUAGGUUGCUAUGUCGGUAAUCUGUUUUUGCCCUUGUUCUAUCGAUAUUGAGGUAGAAUUACGGUUUGGUUACUAUGUCGGUAUUUCCUGUUUUUGCCCUUGUUCUAUCGAUAUUGAGGUAGAAUUACGGUUUGGUUACUAUGUCGGUAUUCUCUGUUUUUGCCCUUGUUCUAUCGAUAUUGAGGUAGAAUUACGGUUUGGUUACUAUGUCGGUAUUUCCUGUUUUUGCCCUUGUUCUAUCGAUAUUGAGGUAGAAUUACGGUUUGGUUACUAUGUCGGUAUUCUCUGUUUUUGUCCUUGUUCUAUCGAGUUUGAGGUAGAAUUACGGUUUGGUUACUUUGUCGGUAUUCUCUGUUUUUGCCCUUGUUCUAUCGAUAUUGAGGUAGAAUUACGGUUUAGUUACUAUGUCGGUAUUCCCUGUUUUUGCCCUUGUUCUAUCGAUAUUGAGGUAGAAUUACGGUUUGGUUACUAUGUCGGUAUUCUCUGUUUUUGCCCUUGUUCUAUCGAUAUUGAGGUAGAAUUACGGUUUGGUUACUAUGUCGGUAUUCUCUGUUUUUACCCUUGUUCUAUCGAGUUUGAGGUAGAAUCAUGGUUUGGUUGCUAUUUCGGUAUUCUCUGUAUAAAUAUUAACCAAAGCCAUCGAUGUUAAUAUAAUCUUUAUUUCAUUCCAAUAUGUAUAUUACGAUGUCAACAGUACAGAAAUGAUGUACAGGAAUAGGAUUCGGAAACAAGUUAAAAAAGCAUUAAACAAACAAACACUUAUAUUAAUCCAUUUUCAAUAGUAAACAUUAGACAUGAUGGAUAGGUUUUCGAAAUAGUUUUGAACAUACAUGUAGUUUGUGAGGUUGUGUGGAGUGUGAAUGGGAUGUGAAAUUGGCAUGAAGGUAGGUUGUGGAAGAAUGACAGUGGAUGUGGUAUUAGGGCAGGGGUUUGGACGGAUAGAUGUCAAAUUCAAAUUCAUUUACUUUUCUUUCCACAUGAUGUAUAGAGAAAACAUGUUUACAAUAUAAUAAUAUAACUAUUGUAGUGUUCGUAGUCGAUACACAGCACUGUUUCCAAACAUAACGUUUACAUUUUAUCAAGGAGGAUUAUUAAUUAUGCCGAUAAAAGUACAUUGUACAUAUUUUCGUUAAUGUUUUAACAUAAGUUGUAUUCAUCAGUUCAUUAAACUUAAUAUUUGGUCUUGACCAAUAAUAUUUGUCUAUAUAUAUACAUUUACGAGCAGAUUAUGUUAUACAUUGCUUUGACAAUCUUUUCAAAUAAAUCAUAAAUACAAUGAACCGA